CUGCUUGGAGAGCCGCAGCCCUGGCAUCCCAGAUGCUGUUCCCGCCAGGCGCUUUGGGAGGCCAGGGACCAGAGAGACAAAGGCUCAGCGCAGAGCAGAGGAUGGGAAGGGUGGGAGAUAAAUAUGUUAAAGAUUGGGAGGUGUUGAGAGGACGGGGCCCAGCUAAGUACCUUGGAGAGGAUGGAGAGAAAACUGAGGUGAGCUUUGGGCCCGGUGAACGAGAGCAGCAUUAUCUGCACCGACGCCGAGCUGCGCAGCAGAGCCUGGAAGUGAAGCUGCACUUUUCAAGGUGUGCCGCUGACGUCGCUGGCUCCGCCUCACACGUGCUCUGUGUGUGUGUUCGUGCAUGCACACGAAGCCGCAGGGAUGCAUUUUCUCAGGCCUGUUAGAUUUCUAACCCCCUUUCCCAGCCCCUGCUUUGGGCUCUUCCACCCAACUGGGCUUGAGAUCUGGGUCUUGUCAGCCCUGGGGUUGGACAAACUGGACUCUGCAGAAGAUGACGGCAGUGCAAGUGAGAGCACGUUCUCCUCUCGGAGAGAGUACGUGGAGGGGGUGAGUGACCAGGACGUGCUCCUCAUUCACUCCUGCCGCCAGUGGACCACGGUGACGGCCCACAGCCUGGAGGAGGGGCACUACGUCAUCGGGCCCAAGAUCGACAUCCCACUGCAGUACCCAGGGAAGUUUAAGCUGCUGGACCAAGACCGGGACGUGCGGGAACCAGUUCAGUAUUUCAGCAGCGUGGAGGAGGUGGCCAGCAGCUUCCCGGACCGCGUCUUCGUCAUGGAGGCCAUCACCUUCAGCGUGAAGGUGGUGUCCGGGGAGUUCAGCGAGGCCAGCGAGCUCUACAACUUCACGCUGCAGGUGGGCGACGAGCUGACGCUGAUGGGCCAGGCCGAGAUCCUGUGCGCCAAGGGGGCGAAGGAGAAAUGGCGCCUCCCUACCCUCCUGCGCAAGCUGGGCCGGGCGGGCCCCCUGGGCGGCAAGCCGGCGAAGGGCAAGGUGCCCUGCCUGAUCUGCAUGAACCACCGCACCAACGAGAGCCUCAGCCUGCCCUUCCAGUGCCGGGGCUGCUUCAGCACCCGCAGCCCGCUGGAGCUGCAGCUGCGGGAGGGCGAGCACACCAUCCGCAGCAUCAUCGAGAAGGUGCGGCUGCCCGUCAACGUGGCGGUGCCCGGCCGGCCCGCGCGCAACCCCUACGACCUGCACGCCAUCCGCGAGGGCCACUGCUACAAGCUGCUCAGCAUCAUCUCCAAGACGGUGGUGCUCUGCUGCAUCCUGCGCAGGGAGGCCGUGGUGCCCUUCCACUUCCUGCUGCUGAGCGACAUGCCCCGCUUCGCCCUGCCCGAGGGGCUGCUCUGGGGCGACCCCCAGCUGGAGAAGCUGGUACGGGACAGCGCCGCCGUCUGCCAGGAGCACUUCGACCCCGACCAGUACUCCAAAGCCGUGCGGGAGGCCAAGCCCGACCUGGCGGAGGAGUGCGCCAGCCCCCGGCGCCUCCGCCUCAGCCUGCAGGGCUGCGCCCGCGAGGAGCUGGCCCCGGCCUUCCAGCGCCUCUCGCUCUGCAUCUAUAGCGGGGGCUCGGCCCACGCCCCCGAGGACCCCCUGGCAGUGCCCCGCCACGAGCGCUCGGCCCCGGCUGACCUCUCCGACUCGGAGCGGGAGUACGUGACGCCCGACUGGGCAGAGCCCGAGUUCAGGACUCAGGAGCCGCUGGAGAUCCCCUACGAGGAGCUCUGGACCAACCAGAACCCGGAGAACGUCUCGGAGCCCAGCGGCAACCGGCCGGGGCUGGGCAGUGCCAACAAAGGGCAGCGCGACCUCAUGUCCUUCGCCGCCUCCUCUCCGCUGGGCUCCCCGCACCGCCCCGCCCUGCCCAGGGAGGAGCCUGUGGGCGAGAUGCCGCCUCCCGUCCCGCCCAAAUCUCAAGCGGUGAAGGAGGAAUGCCGCCUGCUGAACGCACCCCCCGUCCCGCCCCGGGGCAGCCGGCCCCACGCCACCUCCAGCCCACCGGUCCCCCUGCGCUUCCCAAAGCUCCAGCCGGCUCACUCGCCCAGCCCCAGCCUCUCGUACUACUCGUCCGGGCUGCACGACGCGUCAGGGCCGCGGAGCGGGAGCUGCUCGCCCUCCCCGGACUCCUACUCCCUCUACUGCUACCCCUGCACCUGGGGCGACUGCACGGCCGGGGACUCUGCCGGCCGCCAGCUGCCGGGGCCCCUGCCGCCCAGCACCCAGCCCAGCCAGACGUCCUGGUCGGACCCAUGGGCCUACGCCGACACGGGCCCCAGCGUGGCCAGCGGGCGCUCCACGCCCCUGCUGGGGGGCGACGCCCCCAUCAAGACCUACCACAGCUGCCCCCGCCUCAAGGCCCCCCACCCCCAGAAACGCUUCGCCCCUUUCGGGGCCCUGAACCCCUUCGCCAACCCCGCCUACUCGCCCAGCCCCUCCUCCUCCACCGAGUGGCUGGAGGCCCUGGACUGGCAGAAGCCCCCCUCUGCCCCCACGCCGGAGACCUUCGACCCCUUCGAGAGCGCCUCCCCCGAGUCAGAGCGCUGCUAUAGCCAGGAGGGCCGGGGCCCUGCCCCCCCGCCCCGCCCCCCCAAGAGCCUGGAGACGGAGAGCCUCGUGAUCCGCAGCACGGCACCGCUGUCACCCACCAUCGUGCGCGGGGCCGAGGGCGGCGUCACCCGCGUCUACCUCACGCAGGGCGUCAUCGAGGUGCCGCCGGCGUCGGCCCCACGCAGCGGCCCGGGCGAGAGCGCCAGCCAUGUGCCGGGUGCGCCCCGGCUGAACGGCGACGGCUCCCCCUGGCAGCCGCCCGCCGACCUGGCGGCACUGUCCGUGGAGGAGGUGUCCCGCUGCCUGCGCUUCAUCGGCCUCUCCGAGGACGUGGUGAGCUUCUUCGCCCGCGAGCGCAUCGACGGCAGCAUCUUCGUGCAGCUCCCCGAGGAGAUCCUCGCCGACGACUUCCGCCUCACCAAGCUGCAGGUCAAGAAGAUCAUGCAGUUCAUCAAGGGCUGGCGGCCCAAGAUUUAGUGUGAGGCCUAGAAGUGGCAUGUGGAUGUGGGGCCUGGUUCGUGGACGUGGGCCCCUGAUCGUGGACCUGGGCCAUGGACGUGGGGCCUGGCUGGUGGGCCCAGCCCGUGGACAUGGGACCUGGUUUGUGGACCCGGCCCAUGGAUGUGAGACCCGGCUGGUGGGCCUGGCCCAUGGACAUGGGGCCCGGCUGGUGGGCCUGGCCUGUGGACGCAGGGUCUGGCUGGCGGGUGCAAUCUGUGGGGCUGGGGUGGGCCCUCAUACACUGCCCCAUUCCCUAGGCUGGGCUCUGUGGCUAGACCUGGCUGGUCAGGGUGGGGCCCUGCACAAUGACCCAGUCUGUGGGUGCCAGGCCCACAUGUACAGAUGUGGGGCCUCCAGUGUGCACAGCCCUGCCCAGGGACCGGGGAGCAGCCAGCACAAAGCACCCCGAGGUGUGGGGAGGGCCCUGCCUACCUGGGCCACGCACACGAACACGUGACCAGCACACGGAGCGGCACACGCAUGUCCCCCCCGUGUGUGCCCCUCCACCCCCUGCUGCCCAAGCCGUGGCAAUCAGGCAAUUGGCGUGGUUUGUACUCACACUGGGUCCCACCCAGACCCAGCCACGGGCUCAUGGGCCGGGGACCACCGGGAGCAUUGCUGCAGCUGGCCUGGUUCCCCUGGGGCCCGGGUCCCCUCCACCCCAUUACCCCUUUGCUCGGCGGGGGAUGUAUGGAUCCCAGCUCCGCCUCCCCCCGCCCCACCCCGAUACCAUGCUGCCAUCCUCCCUCUCUGCCCUGAGCCCUCCCUCCAUUCAGCAUGUGCCACCACAGCCUCCCGGGGGCACUGCAGCCCCUAAAUACCCGCCCCAGUCAGUGUCUCCCCUGUGUGCCCAGUAGGGCCCCGAGGCAGCGGGUGCUGGGCCUUAGUGGGCGACGUCUGAGCCCCGGCGUCCGCGGGCUCCGAGCCGCGUCUUUAACCUGCCACCCGCCCCGGCACCACCCGCCCUCAGCCCGGUGCAGGGCCUGCCGCUCGCUCGGCAGCAGCUGGUGCUGGGCACUGCCGUUAACUCGCCUGCCACAGGAGCUGGGGUAUUCAGCGGCCUGCGACUGCUCUCCCCCAACCCCCCCGAGGAGCUUGGCUCCGGCUGGCUCAGGCCAGGCGCUCGGCCGCUCGCCCCAUGUUCGGGGUCACACUGGCUGGCACCGCACUGUCAGCCCCACCGGGCGGGGCCGGGCUUGGGUUCGGUUCCAGUGGUUUAACUUAAUCCUUGUGGAUUAGUGAAAUAAAGAUCCAG